AUGACUAUUUCAUAUUCUGGAAACUUCUUCAGACUUUUGCUAAGAUGGAAAGGUAAUUGGUUACUGUAGAAUGGAUCAGCUGAAAUAAACAUUUUUGAGGAUCAGUUCAAUCAAUUUUGAAUUCCAACCAGUCCGCUUUUAUCGGGUUACUGUAAUAUUUCUGUUUUAGGUUCAAUUUGGCGAUCAGUUUGGCGAGAAUUGGUAUUUUUCCUCUUCAUGUUCUACGCGAUUCGAUUCACAAGUCCAUAUUUUUUUGAAUGGGCAGAUCCAGGAGACAUUUUGGAAUAUAAGAAAAUAUACCGGGAUUUAUGCAAAGAAUUUAAUGAAUAUACAAAAAUGAUUCCCCUCACUUUUCUGCUUGGUUUUUAUGUUUCAAAUGUGGUUUCAAGGUAAUUUUUAUGCCAUUUUUUCAAAACUUCAAAUUGUCAGCUUGUGAUAAUAAUCCUUCUUUUGGAGACCAGAUAUUUUUUUCUCAUUUUUUAUUACAUUUCCAGAUGGUGGCGUCAAUUUGAAUGUCUUUGCUGGCCUGAAGAUAUUCUAUCACAUCUUUGCCUUCUUCUUCCAUCUCGAGAAUCUCGUCCAAUUCGACAUCAAAUCGCAAGAUAUUUGAAUUUGACAUCAGCAUUGGCAUGGAGAGAUAUUUCGACGAAAAUACGAUUGAGAUUUCCGAGUUUGAGGAAUAUUAUCGAUGCUGGAUUGUUGACUGAAAAAGAAUAUGAAAAAUUGCAGGAUAUUAAUGUGGGUUUGGAGAGGGAAGGGAUCGUGGAAGAACUGAAUUUGAAAAAAAAAAUUCUGGCUAAAGUUUUGUUUCGAAAUUUGUUUGUGUGUUCAGCUUUCAUCAGUUUUUAAAAUCAAAAAUUUCAUUCUGAAAAAGAUCCAGUUAGAAAAAACCUGAAAAAAAGUUUAAAAGAAAAUUAAAUCUGAACAUGAACUGUGAACUGUGAACUUCCGAAGUUUCAAAGGAAACUGAAUUUAGAAAGCAGAAUUCUCAAAAUCUAUUAAAAAUUAUUUUCCAAAUCCAUAUUUUUCUCGUCAGGAACCAUCUCCCGGAAUCCGCUGGCUAACCCCUCUUCACUGGGUUCAACAAUUAAUCGAACACGAAAUCGACGUUGGUCGAGCAAAUGCUCUUUUCAUUUCAGUUGUUAUGAAUGAGCUGAAAUCUUUUCGUGUUUCAUUUCGCCGUCUUUAUUGUCAUGAUUGGGUUUGUGUUCCAUUAGUUUAUACACAAGUCGCUGCUCUCGCAACAUAUUCAUAUUUUUUCUUUUGUCUUUUUGGUAGACAAGAUAUGAAACGUGAUGAUCAUUAUUCUAUGGACGCAUUUUUUCCACUUUUUACGGUUACACAAUUUUUGUUUUUUGUUGGAUGGUUUAAGGUUAGUUUAUGUAUUUCCAAAAUCUUCAAGAAAUCUGUGAAUUCUGAUUUUCAGUUCAAAAAUUAUUCAAAAGUUUAGCUUUUUUCAAAGUAAAUCUAAAAUUCGAAAAGUUCCCAUUUAUCCAAUUCUCUAAUUCAGGUUGGUCAAGAUUUGAUGCGCCCAUUCGGUUUAGACGAUGAUGACUUCGAGUUAUCCUAUAUCCUCGAUCGUAACAUUGUCACAUCAUUCACCCUUGUUGAUGAUCUUCAAGAUGACAGUCCCCCAAUAUUUGAAGAAGAUGUUUAUUGGAAACAUCACAAUGAGCGAAUAUACAAUCCAAAUUUAUGCAAAACAACAACUUUGAAAUGGGGUCGAAUUGAUUUGUCUCGAAAUGCUCAUAAACAUCCACCAAAACUUCACACAUAUUUGGAGAUGAAAGGAUUAGAUCCAGAAGAAUACAAAAAUCGGAAGAAUAAUAAAUUUAUAGCUUGGUAGAAACUUUUUCAUAUUAUUUUGAUACUUUAAUUAAACUAAAUUUUGUUAAAUUUUCAACUAUAGUCAACUUGAUCUUUUUUGAAUAAUUCAAUCGUUUGCAAUAUAAGUUCACACCUCAUUUUUUUGUGUCAAAUGUUCAAAAAUCCAAACUAAUUGGAAGUGUGGGGAUUUAUUUCGUGCGCAUUUUUUUUUGUUGUCAAAACCGAUUUGUAUUAUCGAGUAGUCAGUCCAUUUUAGUCGCAACAUGAUAUAUUUUCCGUUGUCCUCUUUGAUCAUUGUAUUGAUCAGUUUGUUGAAAUUAGUUGGAUCUCAGCAAGCUUUCGGUUCGGUUUCACUUCCGGCUAUUCAACGGAUUUGUCCACAUGCCACUGAUGCAAAUGCGUUUGCGGUAGGAAUUGAAAAGGGUUUGGGAUAGUUCGAGGUCUCUAGAUUUUGAGAACAUUUUUAGAAUUAUUUUUAGGACUAUAUUGAAUUUAAGAUUUUCAAAAUAUUUCAAAUUUCCAGGGUAAAAUAAAAAGUUAAAAAGAGAUCUGGAAAAUAUCAACUAUAACCCAAAAUUAUAAUUCUACAGUAAUAAUUUGACAAAAUCACAAUUGAUUUUCAAAACCCGGAAGUUUUUUUAAUUUUUUGAAAUUUUUACUGUUUGAAUUUUCGUGGAGAUUUCUGGAAAUCUGAAAUAGUAACUCCGAAAGGAAUUUUUCUUUAAAAAAAAAGAACAUUCAGUGAAUAUCAAGAUCUAAAUUUCUAUUUGAAGUUUUCUAUGAAUAAAAACGUUGAAGUUAAUACUGAGUUCCCUUAUCUUCUAAUUCUAAGUUACCGUAAUCAACUAAAUUUUCCAGCUGGCAAAAGCGCUGAACAACAAUAUUGGAAAAUACAGUACAAUGCGAUCAUUGAUCAAUCAAUUCUUCAAACAAGACAAAUUUGGAAAACCAAAGCCGAAAACUCUUUCGCUUUAUGAUAAUUCGACUUAUUCCAAAGCUAAACUUAUUUCUUUGGUCAACAAUGUUAGUUUUCUUUUUUUCUUUUUGUUGAAAUCAAAAAAAAAAUUUGAAAAUUUUGCAGCGUCAAGCAGUCACAAAUUGGUGGGUAGACUUGACAACUGGUUUCACAAAAAUCUACAACGCGGCUACGGCAACAAAAUACAAGAAUCUCUAUGCGUAUUUCGAUUCUCGAAAUAAGAAUUCCUAUGAUUACACAAUCGUUUAUUUCAUGUUAACUGUUGUUAUGAAGGUAUUAAUUCGAAAAAUAAUAUAAUUAAAUUUCGAAAUUUUUUUUCAGGAAUCGGACAAUGCAACAAGUACAGCUGUAACUAAUCUAAUCGCUGAUAGUAUGGAAACAGCUUUGAAUAACACACCAAGUUUAGCAUUUGUCUUGUACACGACAGCAUUUGAAGCUAAUCACAAUCAAACAUAUAUGAAAGGUGUUUGGUAA